AUGCAAUCAUACCCAAACGUCCACUUCAAAGAUAAUAUCAUCGAACGCAUGGGCGGCUCGUCUAGCCUCAACAUGUUGGUCGUCUCAUUCUGUGAGAAUAUCAAAGACGAUCCAAGCCUCGCCCAGUACUUUGGAAACUUCGCUUUCAAGGAUCUUUCGGUGCUCGAAGAAGAACUUUUGAUGGCUGCCUUAGUGGAGUCAGAGGGCGAAAACGAUAUUCAAUCAAGGCGAUCUAGGGUUGCCUUGCGUCAUUUCCGAUUGUUUGAAUCGGGCCUGAAUGAACACCACUUCGACCGUAUUUCGAAGCACUUGAAAUACGCACUAGAGGACUGCUGGGCUCCGGAGGACGUGAUCCAAGACUGCGGAAGACACUUCGCAGGUCUUAGACCACUUUUUGAACACCAAUAG